AGGUGAAGAUCGUGAGCUUGAUAUCUUCCGUGCAGAGAAGUACUUCAGUGGAGUAAUGGACGGAGAAAGUACUAAUAUGGAAAAAAGUCCAGUGAUCAGUUCUUACAAGAAAGAAGGCAAGAUGAUGAGCUUGAAAUCAAUAUCAAUGACUGAGAGCACAUACUCGGAGGUUAGUGCCAACAGCCGCAAAACUCUUCUCCGAGACCACCGGAGGAAACUAUCAUCGUCGUCUUCGUCAAACGGGCGAAGAAGAAGGUUGUUGAGAGUUUUUCGGUGUUCUUGCUCUGGAAAAGAUGCAACCAGGGUUGAAGAAGACAUGAAUGGGAACAAGAAACAAGGGUUCUUUGUAGAGAGAUCAUCAUUUGCAACCAAGAUAGAAGAUGCUCUCACGUUCAUGACGUUGAACUCACAAAUGGGAGCAGCGAGAAUGACGAUUCAAAAGGAGACAUUUGGUUCACCUUUCAUUGAGAAAAGUGUCAUGGUGUCAACCCUGAGAAAAAGUUUGACUUUGUUGACUCCUCCUCUGGUUACCAAGCAACAACAACAACAAGAUGAUGAUGAUGAUGAUGAUGAUGAUGAUGAUGAUCUCUUGAGUGAAACCAGUUCUGAUUUGUUUGAAAUUGAUAGCCUUUCCAUCAAUGGGAGUAGUUUGUUUCGGCCGGAGACUGGGUAUGAGCCGAGUGAGGCAAGCAUAGAUUGGAGUGUGACUACAGCUAGUGCUGGAAAUGAUGAACGGAAAUUGGAUAUUCAUGAAGGGAAGAGGCCUUCAAAGAGUGGUAAGCAUAGCAUGCUGCUUGGUUGCGCAAGCGAGAAGGCGGUGAACGUGACGUCGACGGAGAAUUACAGCAAGAAGCCGGAGAGGCCUCUGAGCUCCAUGAGUAAUAAUUAUGAGCAAAUGAGGAGUCUUCCUCCAUUGCUGAGGUAUCAUGCUUCUCAAGCUGUUCAGUCACGCCAUAGCUUGGACUUCACUCAUGGAGGUCUCUAGUGUUUUAUUAACGUUAGUUCUCCAUAUCUUUUAUUUAUCUUUCUUUCAUCUUGAGAUGUAUAUAUAUAUAUAGUUUGGAAAGAGUCUUUUAGACUCUUUAAUAGUGUGUGUCAGUGCAUGUGUGUUUUGUUUAGAAGCUAAGCUAGGUUGGAUUUUGAUUUGCAAUGAAUGUUUUUGAA